CUCUUUCCCUUAGUCCAGAGCCGAGACAGCAGCUCGUGUAGUGCAGGAGACAGGAGGAGUCAUGGUGCACCCCAACCAAGAGCCAGCGGUGAUCGCAGGGCAAGGCACCAUCGCCCUGGAGGUGCUGGAGCAGGCACCCGAGGUAAACGCCGUGGUGGUUCCUGUGGGAGGCGGAGGAAUGAUUGCAGGAAUGGCAAUUGCCAUCAAGGCUUUGAGACCAGACGUGAAAGUGUUUGCAGCCGAGCCACGCAACGCAGACGACUGUUACCAGUCCAAGGUAAGAGGGGAACUGACCCCCAACCUUCACCCGCCGGACACCAUCGCGGACGCGGUUAAAACCAGCAUUGGACCGACCACGUGGCCCAUCAUCAGGGAUUUGGUUGAUGAUGUCCUGACAGUCUCAGAGGAAGAAAUCAAGCGAGCAACGCGGCUGGUGUGGGAAAGGAUGAAGCUGCUGGUGGAGCCAACAGCGGGUGUGGGAGUGGCGGCCGCGCUCUCGGAGCGGUUCCAGGAGGUCCCCCGGGAAGUGGAGAACGUUUGCGUCGUGCUGUGCGGGGGAAACGUGGACCUGAGCUCCCUGACCUGGCUCACAGACCUCCCUGGGAAAGCGGAAUGAGAGCGGAGCCACGUCUCAAGUGGCAGGAACCUCGCUCUGAGUUUGGACAGUCUGGUUUUGUGCACUACGAAAAACAGAUAAA